CCUUCAGACGGCAGCGAAAGCUGCUCCAGACGCUCUUCUCUCGCGCUUACUUUGAGCACAUUGAGUUGACUCCAAUCGUCCCCUUCUCUCUUGAAAGACAUCACGUCUGUGAGUCCCAGAAAUAAUGAAUUCUACCGCACCGCCUUCGCCACUCCUUUCAGGCCACCGUAGCAAGGUGGGGCGUCGCCUUUCCUUCUGGUCUCUUUCCGGUUCGCUUCACUUCCGGGGACGCACUUCCACGCAUGCUCUGCGCGACCCCGAAAGCCCGCCUCCAGCCCGCGGAGGGGGACUGCAUUUCCUAUGGUCCCCUGCGGCCCGCAGGCGCGGUGCUUUUUGGGAAAUGAAGUCUUCUUUCGAAGAGCUGGAUCCAGGCCCUUGUAUCUUGUCAUAUUCGAGGUGUCUGGAGGAAUAAGACCCUAGAUGUGGAGCCCGAAUUUGAGGAUGUGAAUCACUUGAUGCGGAGUGAGCCUUUGAGGACCUCUGAGUGGAAAGUGGACUUGAAACUCUCGCAAUCAUCACGCGCUUCGUCGGCGGUGACAGCCCACCUGGGUGGGCCUAAUUUGUGCACAACGCUAGCGGACCAACCCCUGGACGGGGCGGAGCCGGGAUUUAAGGCAGGGCGGGGAGGGGGGCGGCGGGAGGCAGGGCUGCCCGACCUGGGGGCAAGUUGAGCCGAGUGUGAGAAAGGUGCCUAGAGUUCAAAGGUCAGAGGUCAAUGCCGCGAGUUGCAGAGGGUCGAAAGUCGGAGGGGUACUAAGGAGAGACUCAGGUAGGGACUGAAUACUUAGGGUACAGAUUUAUGAGAAAGGAGCUUGGAGGGAGGAGAAGUGAAGGGGGAGGGGGGCGCAUAGUGCUGGGGGAGACGGGAGAGAAGACAGAGGGGAAAGGAAUCCCCUGGUUAUUGUUGCGAGAUCCCGGCCAGUCACUGUCGGUCGCUUAGCCUGGCCUCCGGCAGUUGCAACCCCAGCUGCCCUCAGGGUGUAGAGAUGGCUUCGCCCUCGAGACAGGCCCCCCUCGGGGGGUCAGGACUGCUUCAAGGGAGCCGAGCUCGUUCUUAUGGAAGCCUGGUGCAGUCUGCCUGCUCCCCAGUAAGGGAAAGACGCCUGGAGCAUCAAUUGGCGCCUGGAGACACCCUGGCUGGACUAGCACUCAAAUACGGGGUGACGAUGGAACACAUUAAGCGUGCAAACCGCCUUUAUACUAAUGACUCCAUCUUCCUGAAGAAAACCCUCUACAUCCCCAUCCUGACAGAGCCCAGAGACUUGUUCAAUGGUUUGGAUUCUGAGGAAGAGAAAGAUGGAGAGGAAGAGGUACAGCCAAGUAAGGAUCAAGAUCUGCCACGCUCAGCCGAGAGGAAGAAAAAAGAGACAGGUUCAGGCCGCGCCCAUGGGGACGGCCCUCCCACACCUGGCCAGGAAGCCCCCACUCCCAUCCAUGACCUCUCUGCCUCGGACUUCCUCAAGAAGCUCGAUUCACAGAUCAGCCUGUCCAAGAAGGCUGCUGCCCAGAAGCUGAAAAAAGGGGAAAGCGGGGUACCUGGGGAGGAUUCAGGCCUUCACCUGAGCUCCCCUCAGAUGCAGCAACGAGCAGUCCUAGGUCCCGUGCCGCUGACCCGGACCUCUCGAACCCGGACACUUCGGGACCAGGAGGAUGAAAUCUUCAAACUCUGAUGUCCCCCGAACUGAUUGAGAGAAGCAAGACGUUGAAGAAGCAACUCGAAGGGGAGAGGAGCCUGAGGUGAGGCUCAGGGACACGGCUUCCCAACCCACCUGCCUCGCUCCUGCCGUCUUCCUCGAGCUGUCUGUCAAGAGCUCCUUGGCCUGGGGCAGUUUUAUUGUCAAGAGUAGGGGAUGGGAGCUAGGCCCCCUCCUCCGUUCUCAGGCUGAAUCUAGAGUUGUUCCUUAGAUUCAAAAGGCUCUUUACAUCCCCGCUGCCUUUCCCAUCCCUGUCACCAUUCCUUGGCCUUAGAGCAGGGAGGCGGGGACACCCCCAGCCCCCAACUUCCUCCCCAUCUCCAACUAUAUUACCUAAUUUAUUUGGUGCUAUAUUGAAGUAAUAUUUAUUUUCUGUAUCUUAUUCUUCCCCACUCUUAGCUAAAAAACAGGAUUUCUCUAGCCCUGGGGUGAGGGGAACCCCAGAACAAUGAGCCAGUGGCUACUGGCUCCCCAUCUCCCCCACCCUCUUAGCUAAGCCUGUUAUGAGGACGGGGCAGUCGGUGAUCGAACCCACUGCAGAAAUGGCGGACUGCCGAGCCUGUUCCCCAAUCUCAAAGUAAAGAAUUUGGGCUCAGUCCUGACUAACCAAUUCACUGUAAGUUUUUCACAACUCUUGCUCUGAGACAAAACAGGGAUGUGUGGGGACCGGAACUCCCCAUGCCACCAGUUCACCCUUCUAAGCUGCUCUCCUGUUCAGCCUGUGUGAGCCUAGGGGAUGGGAGAUUUGCCUUGGAAUUCAAAGAGGAGGGCAGUUGCGGGGUUAUUUUUGUGGUGGGAGUCUUUUUGUUAGAACCCUUUCCCACCACAGCCUGUUCAUCUCUACCUUGCCCCUCACUGUGUAUUUUAUCUGCAGUACAGUUUUUUGGAGUUUCUUAAACAGAAGUAGGCAAGGGAACCCCAAUGAUACUUCAGCUAUGCCUCAGUCUCCUGUGUGGAAAUGGUGAGUGGUGAGAUAAGUGGUGUUGCUAUAUGUAUACCUCUUUCCUCCAUGAUGAUCAUAAGAUACCAGAAGCUGGAGACAGUAAACGUUGAGCCCUGUG